AAUGGCAUUGCAGGUUGAUCAUGAGGAAAUGGAUACCCGUGAUGAAGAAUUUCUUGGUCUUCAAGCUGAAGCAAUGGAUUGUCACGGUCAAGAAAUCUGUAUCUCAGAACAUCAGCAUAUGAAUCCAGCUGGAGGCUUCGUCUUCAAAACAACCCAAGAAACACAACUCCACCGCUUUUUGUGUCUUGGGGCAUCUUGCAAUGGCUAUCAAACCGGACGUCGAAGAGAAUUAAAACUAGAUGAUGCCAGGUUUAUAUUACAAUUGGUAGGCGAUGGAUAUGGUAAAAAGGUGGUGGAUUUUCUAACGGAUUUCUCUACAAAUUGUCGUUCAUUCAAGCAGGAUCCUACUUUAUUUACUUUGGCGCUCUGCUGUCGGUCCUCUGAUGAAGUUACAAAGCAUGCAGCCUUUGCAGCUGUACAGAAGGUUUGCAGAACACCAACCCAUCUUUUCAGAUACCUUGACUACUGCCAAAAAAUAAGCCUUGAUUUGACAUCAAGAAAAGGAUGGGGACGGGGUCUUCGUAAAGCAGUAUGUGAUUGGUACCGGAGAUAUGGAUCAUCAGAACGAAAUCUGAAGCUUUUGGCGUUACACCUCACAAAAUAUACAAAAAGAUAUGGUUGGAGACACAGGCAAGCAAUCCGUCUCGCUCAUCUCAAAGUGGAAGAAGGCAAUUCUGCCUUGAAGUAUUUGAUAAUAAUUGCAAGGAAGGGGAAGCGAUAUGCCGAUUCUACCUCGCUAGUUGACAAACUUAAGAAACAGGAAAAAAAUAAUGAAACUCUUCUGAAAGCAGUUGCUGAAUUGCUAGAUGGAAUUGAGAGUGCAAAGAAAACAAAUGAUAAAAAGGUGAUUAUAGACCUAAUCCUUAAGCACAGGUUAGUCAGAGAAAACAUCCCUAGUUUUUUCUUAAAUGAAAAACAAGUUUGGUUGGCCCUGAGUAGACAUAUGCCGAUGACAGCUCUAAUCAGAAACCUUGGAAAAAUGUCAAACUUGGAUAUGUUCAUUCAAGAAAAUCAACAAUCAGACGAAGAAGAAUCGUUUGAAGAAAAUUUGAUCUUGGGGAAAUUGCAAAACAGAGAACUUAUUUUAAUGGAAAAAAGUGCAUCCAGUGAUUUUUCUGAAAGCAAUAAACCAGUACAAGAAAGGUCACAAUAG